AUGACAUCUAAAAAUAUUGUACCAGCAAAUGAAUGGCCUUUUAGAGAGGUUCUUUCUGAUGAACAAUCCAGAGAUUUAGAAACAGUAGAUGCCUACAUUACUAAUGUAGAGCCAAAGGAGACCAAUAAUGUGAUCAAAUUUAUUCAACGUUAUUUACCCCCUCUCGAAGGACUUGAGCAUUGCAAGCGUAUUAGACGCAGUGUUAUAUCAGAAAAAGGCAAGUGUAGUGCUAUUUCAUUGGAUGCACUUGAGAGUCUUGUUCGUGAACAUGAUAUGACUAAGGAGAUCAAACCAGCAGUUAUUCGAUUAUCAAAACACGCACCAAAGAAUAGACAGCAGUACGAGGCAUGGAAACAUUUGUGGCCAAUGACAUUUAGAGAAGAUACGCGAAAUGAUCCUAAAUUCACUUUAGAAGAGCUCGAGGCCAUAAAGGAGCAUAUGAAACAAUUGAUUGAUAAUAGCUGUGGUCAGAUGCGAGCGCGUAUUGUUGAUCCUAGUGGUAAAGUAAUGGCAGAAGAAAGUGACACUCGGGCAGAGACAGUUCAUCCGUUGCAUCAUGCAGUGAUGAACUGUAUUGAUACUGUUGGAUUCAAGGAGAGAGAGAUGGCAAGGUUGGUGGGGAGUAAUAGGCCUAAGCGCAAGGCACACCAAAUCUCGGAUGAAUUGGAGACCUUGGAAGAUUUCCAAUCGACUUCUGAGGCAACAGGGGCAUUAACAGAAGAACCGUCAAAGGCAGCCUACCUGUGCACUGGCUAUGAUAUAUACAUAACUCAUGAGCCAUGUGCAAUGUGUGCGAUGGCACUAGUUCAUUCGAGAAUUGCACGAGUUUUCUACAGUGUACCUACUAGAACAGGAUGUUUAGGGACUGUUUUAAAGAUACACUCUCAUCUAAGCCUUAAUCAUCAUUAUCGAGUAUACAUGGGCUUGCUUGAGAAUUAUACAAAAGAUUCUGUAGUAGAGUGUGAUUUCGAUGCAUGA